AUGGCGCUUGUUCCAAUUAUUUUCCGAGACUGGUGGAACGACUGUCUGGACAGUCCUCUACGAACAUCUCACAUUCUCGAUCAGCAUUUUGGUAGCGGAAUAUCGGCAGAUGAUCUUUUGACGGCAUUUACAGCUGCACAUACUCCAAAUUGUUCCAGGUACGGUUACGUACGUCCCUGGCGUAAUACGAAUGUGGCUUCGCAGAAUGAUGCUGGAUCCACUGUGAAGGUAGCCGAUAAUAAGUUUGAAAUAAACCUAGACGUUCAACAGUUUACGCCGGAUGAAAUCACUGUGAAGGCAACCGAUAAAUGCAUCACCAUCGAGGGUAAACACGAGGAAAAACAAGACGAACAUGGUUUCAUCGAAAGACACUUUGUUAGACGGUACAUGCUGCCAGCUAAUCAUGAUCAUAACAAUAUCGUAUCUUCGAUUUCUUCGGAUGGAAUUUUAACGAUAACGGCACCAAAGAAAGAUCUUCCUCCGCCGGUUGAAGAAAAGGCUAUUCCCAUUGUACAGACUGGGAAACCAUUGAAAAAUGUCCCGGAGAAAAAAUCGGAUGAUUCAAAGGUUUCUAAGAAAUGA